AUGCCUCCAACUUCUCUCUCAAAGGCUCUCAAGUUUGCGUCGACGAAAAAUGAGAGGUUGAAGACAGCGAAAAACAUCUACCAAGGUAGAGAAGACAAGAUCCGGCAAGCCGAGGAUGCUAAACACCUUGGCCGUCCACCGCCGGGAAAAUAUCUAGUACAGGCGAGCCUUGUGCUUCCAGGGCAACACUUGCUACCUGUCGCAUUGGAUGAACCAGCGGCACUCGACGAUAUACGCAGAAAAUAUCGAGUCUAUAUCACGCGGGAUGUGCCAAACAUUCUCGAAAUUCACUGCGAUUCUAUCCAUCGCCUUCAGCAGGCGUUUGAAGCGGUCAACUGGAGAAUUCGGGACAUGCGUCUAUCCAACGACAGUUCUUCCGCACGCUUUCUUAUACAGAGACCAACUAAUGCGGCCGUUACUGACAUGAUUCAGUUGAAACUCGGAGCACGCCCAUCCUUUCUUUCUAAAACCUCAAACACCAUCAGUAACGCUUCUUCAAUGGAUGAACAUUUGCCAAGACUGGCGUCGGACCUGACAUCCUCGGCAGAAGGCCUGAUGGCACUCAAUAAGACCAUGGGCUUGCGAGUCAGUUUCGGGCACGUUAUCAUUGCCAAGAGACCGAAAGGUACCGAAGACGAGAUCGCAUUCGACCAUUUUACCACACUUAUGGACAUGUAUCCCAGUCGUGGAGGAGCCUCGAUUGUAACCAGACUUGGAGACGCUCACGAGGCGGAGCAACUCUUGCAGUAUAUCUCACGCCCAGAGGCCGGCAUCUGCAAGAACAUAAAGGACAUGAGGCGAGGUUGUGAAGUUAUUGUAGUGGCCAAUGGUCUGCAAAUCAAGACUGAGGCCGACUACACUCCUCAACUUAUGCAACUAGCAAUGGUCCGCGCUACGAGGCCAGAGACCCGGGCACGUUGGAGUUGGACGACUGCUGCUCCUGACAUGGAACACGAUUGGAACAUUCGAAUGGAUGCUUGGGACAAAGUGGACGUCCCAACAGAGUUUAGAGACCUUGCAAAGAGGAUAUCGGUUGUCUUCAAGCCAGACGAGGGCACCAUUCUCCCUUUGCCAAAUGUCAACACGAGUAAACUUGCGAUCCCCGCUGAGCAAUUCACUGAAAUUCAGGCAAGAUCUUGGGCAAUAAUUCCAUUCAAAGACACCCCCUAUGUCCUCAAGAUCAACAUCACCGAGAAUCUAAAGGGAUCUCGCACGACUGGGGAGCAAAAUAGUACUUGGGGGGGCUGGGGGGGGGGGCUCGAGAACAUUUGGGAGGAGGGUGAUGAUCUCCAGUCGAGGCUCGGAUGCUUCUUGCGGACCAUUAUGGAGGUCCAAGCUCUCCUGAACAGAGUGCAUGCUGAUACUGCCUCGUCAUAG